AGGAGACUUCUUUUUAAAGGCCCAAACUGCCUUUUUGCAAGAUGGCAGCCACCACUAUUUCGUCAGGGCUACACCUGUUCUUGGUUAAUGCAACAAGACAGACCUCCACUUGGGCAAAAUGGCUUCUACCGUACGAUCAAUCGUCCGACUUGCCGGAUCCAUCCCUGUGGGAGCUCGGUCUUGCUACACUGUAACAAGACCAAACUUGGCAAUCAAUGAACACACCAAAGUAAUUUGCCAAGGUUUUACAGGCAAGCAGGGAACCUUCCACUCCCGACAGGCUAUUGAAUAUGGGACAUUGAUGGUAGGUGGUGUAUCUCCAGGCAAGGGUGGCAAAAAGCAUUUAAAUCUUCCCGUCUUUAACAAUGUUGCAGAAGCUAAGGCAGCAACAGGUGCCGAUGCCAGUGUUAUUUACGUACCACCUCCUGGUGCAGCAAAAGCGAUCUUUGAAGCACUUGAAGCAGAAAUUGGAUUGGUUGUGUGCAUCACAGAAGGUAUUCCACAGCAGGACAUGGUUAGAGUAAAACAUGCUCUUUUGCGGCAGAAUAAGACCAGACUUAUUGGUCCUAAUUGUCCAGGCAUUAUUGCACCAGAAAAAUGCAAAAUUGGUAUUAUGCCAGGUCAUAUUCACAAAAAAGGCAGCAUUGGCAUCGUGUCACGGUCAGGCACCUUGACUUAUGAAGCUGUGCAUCAGACAACUCAAGUUGGUUUAGGCCAGACCCUGUGUGUUGGCAUUGGUGGUGACCCCUUUAAUGGUACAAACUUCAUCGAUUGCUUAGAAACAUUUUUGAGAGAUCCAGACACCAAAGGAAUCAUACUCAUUGGUGAGAUUGGAGGAGGUGCUGAAGAAGCUGCAGCAGAAUAUCUAAAGGAGCAUAACUCGGGAGAAGGGGCCAAGCCUGUUGUAUCAUUUAUUGCAGGUCUUACUGCCCCACCUGGUCGUCGUAUGGGUCAUGCAGGUGCCAUCAUUUCAGGGGGUAAAGGAGGAGCAGAGGACAAAAUUAAAGCUUUAGAAAGUGCUGGUGUAAUUGUAUCCCGAAGUCCUGCACAGAUGGGUAAUUUAUUACGUGAAGAAAUGAAGCGCCUAAAUCUGGCUGCUUAGGCCUAACUGAUUAGCAGUUGAAGAGGGAUCAUACAGUAAAGAAAUGGAAUUAGCUGCUUUAACUAUAAAACAUUCUGUCCCUUAAGCUUUACAGUUUAUUGGCAUCAUGGGUUAUGCAAAAUCUGUCAUCAUCCUGAAUAAGUGACUAAACAAUGCAGGGGAUCCUGACUUAAUUGUUGCAUAUUUCAGUGUUGUAAGGCACAUUGCUUUGGUUCAGUGUUACUGGCUCCAAAAAAGGUUAAAAGUUUGAGCAUUGAUACUUAAUUGAAAGCCCUUUGAAAACAGAUAGCUCCAUUUGUCAUGAAAACAGACUGUUAGCUAUUAUUUCUUGUUUGCUGAUUGAGCCCUCAAGGAAUUAACAUGGGCAUACAUUUUAUCUUGUGGUUAUGCUGGCAUUUAACAUUUUGUGAUUAAUUUUCAACUUGUGCACCAAUGCUUCUCACAGGAAUUAAAAAAAAUUGUUAAUGAAAUCUUAUUCCAUGUAUCUUACUGAUGUUUAUUUUCUCAUGAUUCUUUCAAUCAUUUUAGUUGAAUGAAUGUCCAGUGAAAUGUGGAGCUUUUCAAACUAUAUUUUUGACAGUUUUGUAUUGUUUGGGACUACUGUGAAUGGUGGCUAGCCUUUGGGAGUUUAUCAAGAAAAAUUCCAUUUGUUGCUUACCUGUUCUAUCAAUUUUGUAAAUAAUUUAAAGUUUUUAUUGUCAUCACGUGUACAGUUAUCUAAGAAUACAUAGUACAUGUUAUAUGAAA